UUUUUUUUUUUAAUGAUUGUUUACCUGCGUUGACCACUUUCAGACGGCGAAAGGUCUCACCCAAAUAACCCUGUGAAGUUGUUUGUCUAAGAACCUUGAAGACAAAAAUAUGCCGAAAAAAUCGAGUCACCCUCCUCCAUAUAGUGGCAGACAUCGACACAGAACUUCCCAUCGCACAGCUUCUUACCACCCUGAUGAAAUGCUUCACUUUUAUCGCUGGACUUCACCCCCAGGUGUCAUGAAGAUUUUGUGCAUCAUCAUAAUCAUUAUGUGUGUGGCUAUGUUUGCCUGUGUGGCCUCCACACUGGCAUGGGACUAUGAUGCAAGCGCCAUGGGCUUCGGUGGCCUUGGGAUGGGUUAUGGAGGCUACCAAGGCAGCGCUAGUGGUGGAAUGUAUGGUGGUACUGGGUACGGUGGAUAUGGUUCUGGAGGAAGUUACGGCGGAGGUGGUGGCUAUGGCGGUGGCACAUACAUGGAUCCAAAAUCGGGCAAGGGCUUCAUCAUCGCAAUUGCUGCAAUCACCUUCAUUGUGGUGCUCAUCAUCUUCAUCUUGGUGGUGUCAAGACAGAACGCUUCACAGUCUCCUGCAUUCUAUCUGGCCUCCAUCAUUAUUUGUGCCAUACUGGCUGUCUUCAUGCUCAUUGCCAGUAUUGUGUACUUGGUCGCUAUUAACCCCACUGCUCAGACCUCUGGAUCCAUGAUGUAUAAUCAGAUCUUGCAGCUGUGUGCACAAUACCAGAACCAAGAUCAAGCCUCUGGCAUCUUCCUCAAUCAGUACUUAUACCACUACUGUGUAGUGGAGCCUGAAGAGGCCAUUGCCGUUGUUCUUGGGUUCCUGGUGGUGGUUGGGCUGAUCAUCCUUCUGGUGUUUGCCGUGAAGACCAGAGGCCAGAUCAGGAGAUAUGGCAGGGAUCGUGUUCUGUGGUAUGAUGUGAAGACAAUCACUGAUGGGCUCACAUCUCAUGGCAUUGGGGAAUGGGUUAAUAAUGUGUCUGGAGAUCCAGAGGUUUUUGUGAAUGACCACAAUGAUCAAAUUGGUGUUCCACAGCCAAUGGUUCAAAGCAAAGAAGUCCAGAAACCACUGUACCUUCCAAGCGGUUCUGACUUCACGAGCUCAUUCAGUGGAAUGAAGAGCAAACUAAGGGACUAUGACACUGGAGAUUCUGGAGAUGAGCUGGACACCGAUUAUGACAAUGAGUAUCCUCCCAUCAUUGAUGAGCAUGAGCGGCUUGAGUACAAGAAAGACUUUGACAGAGACUACAUGGAGUACAAGCGUCUACAAACUGAGCUGGAUGAUAUUAAUCAGGGCUUGGCAAAUGUGGAUAAAGAGCUUGACAUCUUGCAGGAAGGCAGCCCACAGUUCAUGGACGCCAUGGAGGUAUACAAACACUUAAAAAGUUUGAAGAAGUCUGCAGACUAUCAGAUGAAAAAGAAAAGGUGUAAACAGCUAAAAGGAAAACUUUCCAUCAUCAAAAGAAGAGUCAGCGACUAUGACCACAGAAAAUAAAAACCUCCAGCACUAGAAACUCAGGCAUAAUUUGUAACAUGAUGGUUUUGUUUGGGACUUCAUCUGUAUUUCCGUAUUAUUAUUAUUAUUAUUAUUAUUAUUAUUAUUAUUAUUAUCUGUAUCACUUAAUGUCAAAGAAUGUGUGGCUGUUUUAUAUAAACAGAUUUCUGCUUUUGAGCCAGACUAAAUUUGAUCAAAAUAUUGUUGUACCUUUUUUGAAGUAUUUUAUUUUUUUUAAAUGCUGGACUGUGAUGCCUCUUUACCUUUUAUCUUUUAAACAUUUAGUCAAGUCAAGGGUAGUACAAUAAUCUUAAAUAUGAACAGGACUGUGACCGCUUUAAUGUUCCUUUCAAAAGUCAAAAUUGUGUCUGUUUUUGUUGUAGUUUUAGGGAUUGAGUAUUUUGUCAAGCUCUGAGCAAAGCCAUUAUAGCAUGUUGUUUGUUAUAAUGUUUCACUGAAAUUUUUUUUUUUUUUUUUAAUUAUUAAACUUGCUGAUUCAUCAUUCUCUUUCUUUUUUACACACCUGAAAGGAGUCCCACAGGGUGCAAAAUGUAAUAUUUAGAUAUUUUCUCUUUUAAUCUAUGACAGAAAAUCCAUUGAGAAUUAAUUGAACAAUUCUAAUGGUGCAAGUGAACGGUGAUCAAUGAAGCUACCAUGAAAAGUA